AUGCACGACCAACGACGCUACGCGAACUCUCGGCACCUGCCUCCCCGCCUCCGACUGCACCAGCACCGGGGGAGUGUCGUCGGGGAGCUGCGCAAAGGGCUUCGGCGCCUGCUGUAUCGCACGAGUUACAACAACACUUACUUCGUGAACCCCGGAUACACCGGUUCAGAUACAGGAACCGGCGCCUGCAUGUUGACAGUCAAUCGCGUAAACAACAACAUCUGUCAAGUGCGCCUCGAUUUCCUGGACUUGGAAUUAGAACAGCCUGACGUCGAUGGCAACUGCAACGUGGAUUUCUUGACCGUGACUGGAGGAACUUCCACCGUGCCCAGGAUCUGCGGCUCCAACACGGGCCAGCAUAUGUACGUCGACGUUGACCCCAACGGCGGUGCCCUUAAGGUCACUGUAGACAGGUCGGCCGCCUCGACUGUCAACCGAUCCUGGAACAUCAGGGUCACUCAGAUCGCUUGCAACUCGCAGUAUAGAGCCCCUUCCGGAUGCCUUCAGUACUACACCGAGACUUCAGGCUACGUGGAGAGCUUCAACUUCGAUAAUGCUGCUCCUGCUGAUGGAAUAGGUUCCCGCCAGAUCGCCAACCAGGAUUACGGCAUCUGCGUCGAGAUGGAGGACGGAUACUGUGGGAUCAUCUGGGAGAGAAACACGACCGUCGGAGAUAACAGCUUCACCGUCAGCGGGAACACGGUUGCAAUCGACCCCACGCUUAUCGGCACGGCCGCGGCUGGCAGCACGGGCGCGGCGUGCACGACCGACUACGUGAUCAUCCCGGGCGGCGUCGACAACAAUCAGAACUCAGAGGACAGGUUCUGCGGCCUCGGGUUCCCGGACUCCGUCACCUCUACCAUGAAGCCCUUCAUCCUCUACGUUCACACUGACGCAGACGAAGCCACAGACGUCGCCAACCGAGGCUUCAACUUGCAGUACCGACAGAUCACCGAUUGCUAGAGGGAUUCAGCAUUUAAUAUGACUGACGAAUGAACAAUUACGAAAAGAAUUGCAAAUGUCUGACCACUUGUUUAACGUAACGACUGUUAGCUUGAAAAAAAUAGAGAGAGAUAGUUAGCAAGACUGACUAUAUUUAACUGUAUAUAACUUUAAUAUCAUGACGUAAAUCAACCGCCUAUUUGCUCUUUUAAGAUGUUAUUUGUUCUCUCUCCUUGAAUGAUGGUUGUUACCUUUCAUUGUUAUUGACGUAUUCUGUUGUUAUUUGUUAAUGUUCUGUUGAUUUUUACUUUGUAUGAUUCAUGUCACUGUAGUUCACUGUUGGAUGUGUUGUGCCAGCUGGUU